UUUGGAUUGUAGGUGGAUAAUAUUAAAGCACGCUCUGUUUUUAAGGGGUUUACCUGUGACAAUCCUAACAAAAAAAGCACGAUUUCUACGUACCCUGUGAGGGACGUUGUGUCUGGAAGGUGUCGCCGAGGGAAAAUUUGCCCCAAUUUACCCGGUCAACCUACAAAAACCCGCCAAAUCUGAAGCUAACGCUGCGCAGUUAUGUCGCCUCUGUGUGUUGUCUGAUUGUCUCAGCACGGAGUCCCACUGAAAUGGCGAUGUGGAGCGACGUUGAGCUCCUCACCAACGAGGACACAAACACUGUCCGCCUCGGCAGCGUGUCGAGGGAGGAAAGUGGCAGCGGCUUGUAUCAGGUGGACACACUGGUCAAAAUCUCCACCGCCAAUGAGGUGCAGACGGAUCCACAUCUCUGCUCCUCCAGUGGCUCAAACUGGAGCAUUGUUGUUGCAGACAAGACGGUGAUCCUGUUUGAUCAGAGCUAUCAGACCAUCCUGCUGCUUCUACACUUUGAAACUGAUGUGGAUGCCAUCGACGUAUGCCUGGAUGGACAGUUUCUGGUAGUCUGUGAAAGAAAUGGAAACCUUCAUUUGAUCUAUGUUCCACACAAGAGAAUCCUCCUCACCAGGGCGUUGGUAGAGAAACCACCCAGUGGGGAUAAGAAAACAUACCGCUAUCUCAUCAUAGAGGAGGACAAGGCAUCCCUAGGAACGUACCAUGUGUUCCUUCUGGUGAAGGAUGGUUUUUUCCACAUUACAAACCUUGCAUUAGCAAAGAUCGAGACAGCCAUUGGAAAAAUGGAUGGUGGAGCUUUGAAAGAGCUCCAGUCUCUCAUCAAGAUAGACUUCUGCUCCACCAUGGAUUAUCACGACGAGGGCUGCAGUACAGCAGUGAUGUUUAAUCUGGGCCAUGAAAUCCAUUUAAUGAUCGGGGGAGAUAAAGAAAACGUUGUGACUCACUGGAUGAUGGACCCUCAUCAGGCCAAGAUGUGCCUUGCUCACUCUGUCAACAAUGCCUUGAUUUCAGGUGUGAGGAAGAUGGUGGUGGUGGAAAAUCUCUUGUAUAUUCUCGACACUGAGGAUACCCUGAGUCUUUGGGACUUACAUUUCCUCGUCAUGAUUCACUGUUGGCCGGAUCUUACCAUUCAUGACUUUGAACUCACCACUGAAUGUGGCUCUGCCUCCAUGGUGGCCCAAGACAAAGGCAGCAUGAAGAUGAUCACACUCACAAAGCAAGACAACAGUCAGAUCAACUCACUGCAGAUCCGUUCUCUGCCCUCCAUGACUGUCUGCUACUCUCUGGAUGUCUCCUCAGUCUCCUGUCUUGUCCAGACAAAAAUAAGCAUGGAUACAAUUUAUUUAGUUGAGGGGAUUUGUGAGAACCCAGAAAGUAGUCGAGGAGAGCCUGUAUCUUCUCUUGUUGUCAGAUGCUUCACAGAGGCUUUGCCUGAGAACAGGCUUAGCCGACUUCUUCACAAACACAUGUUUGAAGAGGCUGAAAAGUUUGCCAUCGCCUUUGAGCUGGAUUUAGAGCUUGUUUACAAGGUGAAGCUUGACUUUGUGCUGGAGCAGCUGGCCUCUGCAUCGGUGGGCUCUUACGGACAGGAUGUGUGGUCUGAACUUGUGGAGGAGGCCAAGACCAACCUGAUGAAGAUAACAGAUGAGCAGUAUGUGGUGGAAUACUGCCUCAAGGCUCCAUGGCCGACCUUUGAGACAGCGGAGAAGAUGCUAAACCACGCUGCCACGCUCCUGCCAUACUCCUGCUUACAGAUCCAAGAGGCUUUGGCCAGACUGGCAACAUUCUGCAGCGUGCACGGCCCAGAGAAUUUCAAUGGCAUCGCCUGGAUUGAGUUUCUAAACAGCAAUGACAACUUGGGAGAUAUUGUUACCCACCUAAGAGAAGGAGACAUGAAGGGUGCACAGCUACUUUGGCUUAGAUAUGAGGGACAGAUUGCCGAAGAGUUUGAUGAGAACAAGCUUGAAGCUGUGCUCAGUGCCGUCCCAGAGGACCUGCCGUCCCAAGAACUCUGUCCCUGGUUCAGGACAGUGUUUGUUCCUUUUGUGAGGAAAGUGCUCCCAACAGGACAGAAAAUCCUGGCGAGAUGGCUGGAGCAGAGGGCAAGGAAUCUGGAGUUAACAGAGAAGGGUGCUUGGCCUCAGAACGGGUUGGACCUGGCAGUGCUUGGACUGCCCUCUCUUUGGAAAUGGAUGAAAUCUGAUGAUAACUAUGAUGCAAAAGAGAUGGAGAACCUCAAGUCCCUGGUGUCCAGUCUCCGUGAGCUCCUGGACCUUCACCGGAAAUACAACUGCAGACUUUCUCUUUCGAUCUUUGAGAAGGGAAGUGUACGGAGCGUGGCGUUCUUCAUGCUGGACAAAGUGCCAGCUCCAGAGCUGAUCGCAGCCACAGUGGAGAGUUGUAUACUGCCGUACGCUGAAGAACACGAGAUUCCUUUUGAUGAGCUGCUUCUACAGUAUAUCAAGGACCUGCUGGAGCGCUGCAGCUCUCAGACCACAACGCUUUUCACAGAAUGGGAAGCCAAAGCAGUGGCUGUGCUACACUGCAUGACUGAUACUGACCUGAUGGUGGAUGCUGUGUUGGAGAUCAUGCAAAAAGCUGUAGUGCCCUGGAGUAAUGUGAUAGAAAAACUGGUCCAGCAGUACCUGGAGAUGGAUGGACCGAAACAGGAGCUGUUAAAGGAGAGCUACCAUCUGAUGGAGAUCAGGAAACUCCUGAGGGGCUACGGGAUCUGCAACUUCAACCUCUCUAACAACACGAAAGUUAUGACACUGAUUAGAUACAUCCUGAAGCAAGACUUGCCGAUGUCUUUAGAAGAUUCCCUGACAUUAGCUGAAGCAUACAAACUUCCAACCUCACAGAUAAACUACUUGUAUCUCAUCCAGCUGAUUGGCCAAGCCAAGACCGAGGAAUGCAUGACUGUCCUGAAGAAGCUGUCCUCUGCAGAGGCAGAGUGCGUGAUCGAGCGUCUCACAUCCUGGGCUAAGCUGGAGCUGCAGGACAAAGACCACAUAUCUGAUGAGCACAAGAAACGUCAGAUGGUCAUUGCUCAGCUGAUGGUAGAGGCUCUGAAAUACCUGCAUGUAAUUCAAAAACAUGAUGCAUUUAAAAGCAUGGAGUGUGAAAACCACCUCAUCAUGUUCGAGGCCAUCGCCCACCUACAGGAGGACUUUGAUGUUUUCUUCACACCCUCCAACUAUGAAGAUCCAAACAUCAGAAAACAGAUCCAAGAGCAUCACAUCACAGCCUAUGAAAACACGCAUGGCCACCGUUCGUCUAAGGGGAAAGCCACAGCAACUCCAGUCGUGGCUAACGAUCCCGAUGGCAAGACCAAGACUAUCUCCACAGAAGCUGGCUUACGUCGUCUAGGAAGGCAGCUGCAGCGCACCGAACAGGAGCUCUGGUCUGACUUGGCCCUGCGAGCUCUGCGAGUGGGAAAGGUGGACAAGGCCCUCAAGAUCCUCAGUGAGCUGUAUGAACACCACUGCAACAUCAGCACAGGGAAGGUGUUGUUCACUGCUGCCAAGACGUUAUGCCAGAUGCUGGAGGCUGACGUGCCCAUGGUGCUUCCUGAUGACACAGAUUUGCCAGCAGUCAUCCACCAUCUGGCCUGCCAGGCCAUCACGUUGUGCCACUCAGAUCUGCUCCUGGACUGUCUGGAGCUUUGCAAGUGCACACGGAUAGCUAUGGACGUCUAUCAUCAGUGUCAACUAUCAGACAACUAUGGCUUCAUAGCCAAGGAUUUGACCCUGGAGGCAGAAAAAGAUCCAUAUUCUCAGUGGAGUUUUCAGGAUGUUUUUAAUGAAGAUUGCAUCGUUCUGGACCCGGUGUCUGUGCUCCCGAUACAAUAUGAAAUUACCAACUGCUUGCUGCCUAUUUCUCGGGAUACCAAAUUGUACCCGCUGGACUGCUCCUGUCUGUCACAUUGCUCAUUUGAAGGCGGUUCAAACUACCUGCGGCCCCUUUUGGGUCCUUUGUCCAACAUGUUAGAGAUGUUACAGGAGUGCAGUCAGCUGGAGCUGGCACUCAGAGUGAUGGUGAACUCGUACGGCAGCUGCCUGCAACAUGUCACCUCUAAUGUUAUGGACAUAAAGCUCAGCGUACAGCUUUACGACACCCAGGAGCUUAAGAAGUACAAUAUAUGCAUGAAUGAUCUUCAUAAGACAACUACUUCGUCUCUGAAUGCUGUUGCUGUUGCUCUUUUAAACAAGGUCUUCAACUGGAGGGUUGUCGAUUGCGAUUUGGCUAUCGCACUUUGUACACUCCUGUCCAAAGCAGAAGUCUUUAAGAUACUGUGGAAGGUUAUUGACAACACCUGGCAAAACUAUGACAAAAUCCUGGCUGUGGCCAGUGUCGGAGCCAAUCUGUGUUGCCUCUACAAUGAGGCAGAGGAACAAGAGAAGUUUCUCUCCGUCAUCACUGAUGCUGAGUGGGGCAUCAAGCUUGGCAAAUUGGAGAUAUCGAUCCAGCCGGUGUUCCGUCAGCGGCCUGAGAUGAAGAGUAGUCUGAUCCCUGAUCUGGUGAAAAACAGGAAGAUCACUCCAGACAUUAUUCUUCAGUACUGCAGCGCCUUCAGCCUGGACCGUGACGGUGUGAUGAACCAAUACAUUACCACCUUACUGCUGCUCCAAGAGGACGAGGAAGGUGCAGGCGGCCUGGGCACAGGCCAGGAAGAGAUGCAGCCUUUGUGUCCCGCAGACGCACUGGAGCGAGUCCUGCAGAUUAUCCCGAUAUUACACGGCACCAGUGAACUCACAGAAAGUCUCUGCGCUGCCAUAUUCAAGCUCAGCCCUUACAACUACGAGCGGAUCGAAGUAGUGCUGAAGAUCAUACAGGCUGCAGAUGAGAAUGUGACCAGUUUUUCUAUCAGUCAGGCAAUGGGCCUCCUUCAGCAUCUGAAGUCCUACAAGCGAGUGUCUCCUGCCUCAGACGUGGAGAACGCGUAUCUUCUAGAAAACAGCCUGCUGCCAAACCCGCUGUCCAACACCCGACUGCCCUUUCACCUGCUUAUGCAGACCAAACAUUACUGGAAGAUUAUCUGUCCUGAGCUCAGUGAGGAGACUUUCCCGACACUUCUUCUGAUUAGCAAACUGAUGAAGGUGAGCCUCGACAAGUUAUACAUGUCAGCAGCGAACCAUGUGUUUGAGAAGAAGAUGAAGCCCUUACUGUUAGAGCAAAGGAAAAAGGGUCAGGGUCAUGGCUACAAUAAGGAGACGUUCAAGGUGGCCAAGACUAUGAUGAAGUACAUCCAGUGCAUCCAGAGCCCAGAGUGGGCCGCUGCCACAGCUCACAAGAUCACCCAGGAGCUGCCACCAGGCUACGAGAAGACGCAGUCACUCAGGUUCUGUUUGGCUCUUGGGGAUGCCUGGCUCAAAGAUCCAAACCUUGAGGAAGCAGCACGGGCCAGAGGAGAGACCUUUUUGUCCAAGCUGAAGCUGCAGUUUCAGCGCUCAGCUACUGAGAACACGUUGAUAACCAGCCAUCUGAACAGCCCGGAGCAUCUGAAACUGACUGGGCUGCCAGCCAGGCUCAUAGUGGCUCUGUAUGAGCACAGCAGUGUGGAGCAGCACUACAGAGACACAGGAAGUCAAACUUAUCCUGACAUACAUGCCGUGGUUAAGGAGAUAGCCACCAUCAAUAAUGUGGAUCUCUUAAAAAUCCGUAACAUGUUGUUGGAAAAAUGGAUUUGCAAAACCGGCCCUGCUGUUACCAAGGAUAUUGGUAAUUAUGAAUGUGUCAGCAACAUCGAGGAGGACCCAGACUUAAUGAGGCUGGUGUACAUGCUGCAGUCCUGCCCCAUGGACGAUGCUGUCCGUCUUCUAAAACCUAUCCUAUCUGCUGAAACAUGGCCUCUCAGCACUUCUGGGCCUCGUCUGACCUUCUGCCAUCGAACUCGAGCGCUGCUUUGUCUCGUCCGCCUCGCUGAUGCGGCCACUUUGGAGGCUCAGCUGCAGAUCCCCAGGACCAAAAUUCAAUAUUACCUGAAGUGUUACAUCUUUGUGUCUCAACUGGAGGCAUUAAACAUCCCUUACACGGUGCAGUCUUUCCUGAAUAGUCCCAAAGAGGGCUUGGUUAAAGGGCUGUGGAAGAACCACAGCCAUGAGCCACAGGCAGUGCGGUUGGUGGCAGACCUCUGCUUGGAGUAUCAAGUCUACGACCCUCAGUUGUGGAACAGUCUCCUUCAGAAGCUGCUGGGCUUCAACUUGAUCAGCCACCUCCAGAGGGUGCUAGAGGCAGUCGUGGCUGUCCCUGCUUUGUGGGAGAUUUCUAGUUUCUCCAGGACUUGGAGGAGUAUGAUACUGGCACCUUUUGUCUCAGCUUCUGUUCCUCUGAGUCCUGAUCAACAGGCAACGCUCUACAGGACCUUUUUUCUCCUUCUCAAGUGCCCUUUCCUGUUGAAUCUGGACCUGAUAGGAAUCGCUAAUCGCUUUGCGCAGUUCAAUCUGCCGGCCUUUGCCCUUGGAACUCUCCUUCUCGUCCCCUGUGCCAAUAAAAAGGCUCAGCAGAUCCAGGGCUUUCUGUCUGUCUGUAACCCAGUCGCUGUCCUCGAGCAGGUGGACGAGCUUAUGAACACCGGGGAAUUGGCAAGCAUCCCCUCACAGGUCAGGGAUACUGUGUUAAUGUUCAUCAUUGAAAAUGGACACCACCAGAAACUGUUGAAGACCAAACACUUCAAGCAUCUGAAGCAGCUCGUCGUGUCAAACGGCCAGCCUAACCAGGUGAAAGACUUGGUGGACUACCUGAUUAGCCAGAACUGUCAGGAUGACGCUGACUCACUCGCUCAUGAAUACAUGAAACACAGAGAGCAUCAAAGAGGGAAAUCUCUGACAAAUGGCUCACCUUCACCGAGCUGAAGGAGUUUCUCAACAUGCAAAAUGGACUUUCGGGAUGAACUGACACCGUCUCUGCAGCUGUAUAUAUGUAUUCUUACUUGGUCUGUCCCGGGGCUGAGAUGCAACGUUUGCACUUAACAUCUAUCUUCCAAUUGUUCUCGCAAUAUUUGAAUAAUUACUUUACAAUAAUUUGUGUAGAAUCAGCAGGAUAUUGGUCUACUUUUGUCUUAUUUCCUCCUGGCUUGUUUAUGUGUAUAUUAAUAUAAUUUUUUUCUUAAUUGAGGUUUACUAUAUU